UCCCGCAUCUGCACUUCGAUUGAACAUCAGCCAACCUCGUACAGCACAACACAAGUCUGGUCUUGGAAUACAGUUCUGGGCUUUUCAUUCUGGUGCCAUGUUAUCAGAUCGGAUCAUUAUUACAUCCGAUGAUAUAGGACUUGAUUGAGUUUUGACUCGAUAACUUGUACUAAGUACCUAGCAUUUUUCAAUACUUGGAUGGCGAAGUCGCUGCUCAAGUGGGACGAAAACUUUCCCGAACAUCAACUGCAUUCAUCUUAUCUCUUUCUCUACAAGCUCAUUUGUCUUUUCAUCUGAACCCUCUCAUACUUGAUAUAUUCAGAUGAUUGAUUGUUGUCGACUAUUCUCUUCAUCCUGACAUCUUCAUUUUACCCCACUGCAUCCAUUUGCCAAUAUGUCUUAUGCUCCAUUUUCAGACAAGUACAACGAAGUACCUCAAUCAGAGGAUGGUGAAGGAUUACUCUCGCAUACCCAACCAAAAUAUAAACAAUCCCCCAGACGAAAUAACAUACUUUGGUAUAUACUAUCAAUACCGGUGAUAUCAUUAUUGUCAGUCGCUUUUGGUAUAUGGAUCGGUGCUCGAUUUGUGGCGAACCCCGCCAAAUUAUGUCCAUCAUAUGUGCAACAUUAUUGUAUGGCCCAGGAUUUCUCCAUUUCAUGUCUAAUUCUAAUAUGAAAAAUAGCUCCUAUACUGGAUGAUAUUGAUACUUCAUAUCAACCAGUAAUGUUCAAUGGAUCAUUCAUGAAGGAAAAUGCAUUCAGAUUGAGAGCAGGCCCUGAGGUGGAUGAAGCUUGGGGAAGCUUGGGAGUACAUUGUGAGUACAAUAUUUGUAUCAACUGACUUGACUAAAGCUAAUUAUCCAUAGAUCGAAGUUUGGCAUUACCAGCUAGCGAAGCAGAGAAAUCCGGAUUAACAUCAGCUCAUGUUCAAAUAAACGAAAAAUAUGGAGGAGGAUUUCCGGUAAACUUGGAAGGACUACAUCAUUUACAUUGUCUUAAUCUUGUAAGACAAUCGCUAUAUUACAAUUACGAAUAUUACCACGAAAAAGGAGAAGGAGCAUUCGUGAAUGAAGAUAAUGUUGUUCAAUAUCACGUCUGUAAGUAUAUCCUCAAAUCCAACAUUUCAUCACAUAUAAUUUCAUCCCACACCCAUUCUUCCACCUGAACACAAACUAACACAUCCCAGCCCAUUGUCUAGACAUAGUCCGCCAACAACUCAUGUGCCAAGUUGACACGGGCGUCCUGGGUCAAGUAUGGUGGGAUAAAUCGAAACCCCAAGCAUUCGUAGACUUCAACACGGAACAUAAAUGCAAAAAUUUCGAUGCCAUAAGACAAUGGGCAGAGGAAAGACAAAUGCCUGCAGGUGGUCCUGCAGAUUUCUUACAAAAACCAAAGGAAAGUGAUGUUCUUGAAUCGAUACCCUAGAAUGGGAUCAUGAAGAUGAUGAAUUAGAAAUGAUGUAUUGAUGGAUGACGGUUGGUUGGUUGGUUGGAUCAGAUAUGGUGUUUUGGAUGGGAUAUAUAGGGUGGGGAUUUGAUUGGGAUUGGGGUUAUUUUAUGAGUACCUAAUGUCAAUUGUAAUGUUCGAAGUCGAGUGUAUCUACAUACAGGAAGAUAUGAUGAAUAUUCGAAUACAUUUACUGUCG